AUGUCCACUCUCAUCAAGUCUGCCAAGUCCAUUGUCCCGCUAUUGGACCGUGUUCUCGUCCAACGGAUCAAAGCAGAGGCCAAGACAGCCUCUGGGUUGUUCCUACCGGAGAAGAACGUCUCAAAGCUGAACCAGGCCCGCGUUCUGGCUGUGGGCCAAGGGUUCACCGACGCUAAUGGCCACAAGGUGGUUCCCGAGGUGAAAGUUGGCGACCAGGUGCUGAUCCCACAGUUUGGUGGGUCCACCGUCAAGUUGAGCGGCGGGGAGGACGAGGUUAUUCUGUUCAGAGACUCAGAGAUCCUUGCCAAGAUCAACGAGCAGUGA